AAGUUUUAUUUUUUUAGGUAUAUAUUGUAACAAAAUAUCUUGUAAAAUUAUUUACCCGUAAAACAAUAUGUCUGAAGAAAUAAGUACUGAUUCAUCUGACACUAGUUCGAUUGAAGAUAGUCAAUUAAAGAAAAUUCAAAUUGAGAUUAACUUUAGUAAAGCUUUCACCAAUCAGCUAGCGGAACAGGUUGCGGGCAGAAUAUACAACAAACUGUGUUUAAAUAACGAAGUUCUAAAAGGUUUCUUAGCACGUGAUGCAUGUGGAUCCACGGACAACAUCGAAACUUUACCGUGCAAUGAGAGCGAUGAUACCACUUCAGAAUGCGUAAAAUUUGUACCAGAGGAAAUUAAAAACUCAAGUGACAGCGAUAUAAUACAAGCACAGUUGGUUGAUGCAUACAUUUCCGAUGAUCAUGUGGCAUGUGUUACUUCUGAUAAUUCCAAUGAAGAUUUAAUCCAUAGUGCAAAAGAUCGUCAUCCAUCUGCUAACGGGCGUAAGGCAAAAAAGCGUAAAGCGAUAAAAACUCGCAACGUGGCAAAAAAGCGUAAGUUGAAGAAAGAGUACGAUGAGGAUUAAAUACUGAAGAACUGCAACUUCUUUGAUAUUAGCCGCAUUAGUUUGCUCUUUGAAAAACUGGAACGAUGUUUUUAUAUACUAAUAUAAAAUAAGGAAAAAGACUUUAAAAAGGGAGGCACCAUAAGAAAAAAAAAAAUAAUAAAAAUUGCACCAAGCUUAUCUAUAAGGAGAGGUGUUGAAAUAUUGCGAGCAGAAAUCAAAAACAGACAAAACU